UCUGGGAAAGUCUUUACUGAGGAAGCACGGUUACAUCACAUCAUGAACAUUUCCACAAUUUUUCUUGUGUGUCUGUGUCUGUGUGUGACCCUGGAGAUGGCGAUGACGUCAGAGGUCACUGACCCAGUGGAGCAGUUCAGGCUUCACUGUCUGACACCAGACUCAUGGGAAGUGAACGAUAUAUGCAUAUUCUUUAGGACCCAGGACUCAGAUGUCAGCGGGUCUUUAAACUGGUUGGAGUUCUGGUUUAUACUUCGCCAUAACCUCUUCAUUGAGGAGGAGGAGGCUGAUGCCAUGUUUAAGCUAAUUGACAUUGAUGGAAGCGGAACCAUAGACUUUGGUGAAUUCCUCACCAUUGCCAGGUCGCCCAUGUGAGCAGUCACAGAGGACGUGGUCAUGCAGGCGUUUCAGAAGGUGGAGAAAACUGUGGAGACGACGUGAGCCAGUUUUUCUUCUGUCAUGUGAAGUGAAAUAUUAACGUCAUGUUCAGUAAAUGAACACAAAUAAACAUCAUCGUCAUACACUGCAGGGGUUUGGCAAGUCAAUUUGGCUGAGGGCCAAUAUUAAUAUUAAGCAAUUGAAUCCUCCCCCUCAAACAUCACAUCUUCAUCUUCGUUUUUUCUUUGUAAUCUAAACUAUUUAAUCUUGUACAAAAUGGCAGAUUUUAAGGGACGUGUUGGUUUUAAAAAAGCAGCUUGAUCCUUUGCCACAGGAUGUCACUAGUAGUGUCUUAAAACUGCUCUUUGAUGACACAGUUCAUCAUUUUUCAGAAUAAAAGGCUCUGAAUUCUGCAAAUUUA